CUGGAAGAGGAGAGAGGAAGUGGUGGCGCGGGAGAGGGCGGAGGCGUUGGAGAGACAGAGGUUGGCAGAGUACAUCGUGUGGAGGAAGCGCGAGGGUUUCCAGGAGAAGAGAGGAGACAGAGAGAGGGCACGAAAAGGUGCAGAGAAAGGGAACGAGACUGUGCCAGAGGUGAUCUGGAAGAGGAGAGAAGAAGAAGAAGAAGAGGGAGAUACAGGGAGGGAAAGAGCGAGGGCUAUUCAGAGAGGACAUGAAACCAUUUGGAGGAAGAGAGAGAGGGAGUGAAAGAGAAAUCCAUUGAAAGAUUUGAGAACACUUGAAAAAGUAGGCUUUAGAGAAAGCGUGCGUUGGAUACUAGCCAUACUUCAGUAAGCCUCCUCUCUCUUUUUUUAGCAGUUCUGGGCUCCAUUGAGCUCUGCAGGUGCUUGCUGUGGUACUGACCAAUUGGAACUGUGUAUACUGUGCGUGUGUUGCUGCUGUACUAGUGCUCGCAGCCUCCUUGCGAUUCCCUCGUUGCUUUCUAAUAGGAUUUUUAUGAGCCUCUGUCAAGCAGGAUAGAGCUGCCAAGGAGAGCCGCUUCACACGUGCUUGUGCACACGCCAACACACACAUACACAGAUAAUCUAAGAAGCAUUGUGGGCAGGGAAGGUUUAUACUGCCUUACACGCAUGUAAACACAUCACGCACAAGUGCUGUAAGACACAAAUGCGAGGGGGCGUUGAGAGACAAUCACUGGUGUUGAUUCUCCAUGGUGCUGGCGACAGCUGGAUAACUGGCCCUCACUGAGACGCUAUUAAACUGGGACAAGAUACUCACAGAUAUUGUUUUACAUUCUGGCAAAAACACCAACAUGAACACUUUGUGGAGAGCUAAGACCAUGUCAUCAUCAGUCCCUGGGAACUGACGAUGACAAUGGAUGCAGAUCUGAAAAGUGAACUGACGACAACAUGAUCUGCACCGGUGCACUAAAAACAAACUUUUUUCAUCUGCAUUCGACCAGUAACUGGGACACCAAACUUUUCCUCUGCACCAUUUCUUUCAUCGUGGGUGAAGCUGUUUUUGAAGCAGUUUUGUUUUGGCUGCCUGGUAAGCAGUGGAGGACAGACAACCAGACAGAUGGAUGCAGCUCUUACACCAAGGGAUACAGACAGAUGGCUGUGUGUCCUUUUCAAGAAACACUUUGAAUGCUGAGACAACGAGACUUUAAUUGCAUCACUAGAGCUUGCGUGGACUUGCGCGGAUAUAAAACUGACACUGCAGAUUCAUCAUGGAGCUUGUCCCAAAAACCAAAUACACCCACUUUCGGAGUGAAUCGCUGAGCUCAACUGAUGAAACAAACUCCAAUCCAUCUUCGUUCCCUCCCUCCAGCCCUGCCACCCCGCUUACUCCCUCCCCUGGUUUACCUUCCUCUCUCUCUUCUUCCUCUCUCACUCCCAUCUUGCCCCCCUCCUCUCCUCGCCCAGCUGAGAACAGUCCCACCACACUCUGCUCCUUUUUCCCCAGGAUGGGAUCCCUUCGUCUGGGUGUUUCUGCCACUCUUCUCCCAGGACUCAAGGCCUCGAGCAGACAGCAGCACUCUCAGGCGCCUGUUGAGUCCUCUGGGGACGACAGGAGUAGCUCUAGCUCCUCCCCUCCGCUUCAUCACCCGCUACCCCCUCUAACCGCUCCUUCUCCCCCUCCCCGACCUCCUCUGCAGGACAUGAACCGGCUGGGAGGGGCGUCCAGGAGGGCACGGGUGGAAGGAGGGCAGCUGGGAGGAGAUGAGUGGACGCGACAUGGCUCCUUCGUCAACAAGCCGACCCGAGGCUGGCUGCACUCCGACAGUGUGGUCAGCACCACCGGUGUUUCUUACACUGUACGGUACAUGGGUUGCGUGGAGGUACUACAGUCGAUGCGAGCGCUGGACUUCAACACCAGAACUCAGGUCACAAGGGAGGCUAUCUCUGUGGUGUGCGAGGCAGUGCCCGGAGCCAAAGGAGCCCAGCGAAGGAGAAAGCCUACCUCUCGCUGCCUGACCUCCAUCCUGGGGAAGAGUAACCUUCAGUUUGCUGGCAUGACAAUCAGCCUCACCAUCUCGACCAGCAGCCUCAACCUGCUGGCCUGCGACUGCAAACAGAUAAUCGCCAAUCAUCACAUGCAGUCCAUCUCCUUCGCUUCUGGAGGAGACCCAGACACGGCUGAGUACGUAGCAUAUGUGGCCAAAGACCCAGUCAACCAGAGAGCGUGUCAUAUCCUGGAGUGUUCUGAGGGUUUAGCCCAGGAAGUCAUCAGCACUAUCGGCCAGGCCUUCGAGCUGCGUUUUAAACAGUACCUAAAGAACCCCCCCAAACUGGUCACACCCCAUGACAGAAUGGCUCCGUUUGACGGCUCUGCAUGGGAGGAGGAGGAUGAUGAGGCUGCUCCUCCUCCUGAGGUCCCUUACUAUAAUAAUUUCCCUGGAAAACAGCCUCCCCCUGGUGGCCUGAUUGACAUGAGGACCCGCCCGGGUGCCACACUGCCUUAUGGACAGCCAGGUCAGAAUGACAUUCACAAGCAGCCGCUGCCGCCUCUGCCAGUGGGAGCAAAAGAAGGGGGAAUGUUUGAUGACCCUUCAUACGUCAAUGUGGAUAAACCCCGCCCCCCAGCUGCAGCCAAUGGAAAUGCUCACAGAGAUGCUUUUGACAUGAAGCCAUUUGAUGAUGCCCUGGGGGUCUCUGGGCACGGUGGCUCAGUGACAGCAGCACCCUCUCUGGUGCAGCAGCUGCAGUGUGAGGCCUGGUUCCACGGUAGCUUAAGUCGCAGGGAAGCAGAGAGGUUGCUGACCCGCGACGGGGACUUUCUUGUGAGAGAGUCUGGGACCACGCCUGGGCAGUACGUCCUCACGGGACAGCAGGGGGGUCAGCCCAAACACCUGCUAUUAGUCGACCCUGAAGGAGUGGUCCGUACGAAAGACCAUCGGUUUGAAAGUGUGAGUCACCUGAUCAGCUACCACAUGGACAACAGACUGCCCAUUGUAUCAGCUGGUAGCGAAGUGUGUCUGCAACAGCCAGUAGAGCGCAGGGCCUGACGUUACACACACCAAUGAAAUACUCCACCAAAUACACACACGUUCCCUCCACAACAUAAGACAAAGACAUCUUCUUAUGCCCUAAUAAACACAGCAACACUACGCAUAACACACAUACACAAGAAUGCACAUGCACCCAACAGAGCAAAGAAAGCCAAAAAAAAAGAAAAAAAAACAUCACAGUUUCUCUGCAUAGUCACUCACUUGCUGCUGUUGCUACAUAUUCCUAUCUGAAAGCCAAACUGUGACUCCACCGACUAUCAAGCGCAUCCCUCCACAACGGAGAAGCACUGCUGCAAUUUCUCAACAGCCUACUGUGAACCAGGGCGGAGCCCUUUGCUAAUUUCAGAGUGGGGCAGAAAACAAAUGCAAAUUUUUUUAAAGGAAAAAAAAAAUCUUAUUGUGUGAUUAUGAAAAACAACAAAAAACAGAACACUUUACUAACACAUGGAAUCGUGUGCAAGAAAAAUGUGGAAAACUGAAAACUACAAAAGGAAAUGGGAUAUCAAAUGAGCUUUUCAGUGCUUUCAAGCACAGGUUCUUUCGUUCAGGGGAAUGAUUUCCCUCCUCAGACUGUUGCUGCAGCGUAUUAGGCAAAACACAAACUGGAUGUCGGUGGUUCUUUGCUUGUGAGACUGAACCAGGCUCGAGCAUAAGCUCUCCCUUCACGUGUCACUGGAGCACCUCAGCAGCAAACCUGACUUUGUAAUAAAUCUGCCUGGUAAAUAUGCAUAAAAAAAGUUUGCUUCCAACCUAAUCAGGAAGGCCACCCAACCCCAACUACUCCCCUUCUAAGAACUUUUGAACUCUGACCCCCAGAGUGAUACCUGGUGAUGAGGAGAGCCUGUAUGCAAAACUGGGGACUGCUAUGCCAAUGACCAUUACGGUUUUUAUUGUUUGUUUGUCUGUUUUGUUUGGCUUUCAUAUUUGACAUUCUGAGUUCAGGAGGAUUGGACUGGCAGCCCUCAGUGAACUCAGAUACACACACACCUUCACACCGCACACGGCCUGCACCAAAGAAACAUGAACUUGGUUGCUUACAGCAGAGAAAGCCAUGACAGUUAUCAACAGUUGUCUGUCUUGUGUGCUCACAACAUUGGAGCAAAUUUAGAUAGGAGGAAAUGUGUAUUAAAUGGGCCUGUUUUAAAGGGAGGAAUAAUCUGUCUUUAAUGUAAAUGGUGCAUUAAUGUCACCCUCAAACACAGAAACUAGUACAUUUUGAGAAGCACAGAGCAGAUCAGUUUUGAUCUGUUGCUUUUCAUUGACUUCUUAGUAUGUGUUUGCAUUGACAAUCUAUGGGUUCUAUCUUCACAGAUUGUUCUGACUGAAAGCAAAAGAGUAGAUAGAGGAGAUCCCUUUAACUGGUGGCCAGUGAGAAACAUUGAACAAUCUAGGCAAUGAACUUCCCUCUGCAAAAAUGAUGCAAAGUAUGUCGUAGUAACUGGUUAAGUAAUGUUUGUGUAUAGUGAUGUGCUUUAUUUUUCAAUCACUUGAGGGAAUUGAACAUAAGGACAUAAAUGUGUUUGUUGCAUUGCUAAUGAUGGGAUGUUGAAGCCAAAUGUUUCUCCUCAGUGUGCUGUUUUCACAGACUUUUGAGGAUCUCUGGGAGGGGAGAAGUUCACACUAUUGUUUCUCCUUUCCUCCUCCUCCUCCUCCUCCUCCCUCAGUUCAUGACGUUGGUUUUGUUUUGUUUUUUUGAAAAUGUCUUUUUAAUCGUGCCUUGUUUCUUCAAUGCAGUCACGUCACUUCAAUGCAGUCACCUUAUGUACUUAAUUCAAAUGUAGUCAACUGCAGGAGAAUCUUAUACAAGCCUCUCAGUUAAACAAAGACUCUGCAAAAAUGACACUCUGAUCAACACACACACACACAAACAGAUCCAGUGAUGGCAAUCUCCUCUGAUGCACAUUCUUGCAUCCAGCUUAUAGUCACAGAUACUUGAUGUCACCAUUGGUGGAGGGGAUAUUUCUUGUAAAUAACAAUGAUUUUUGACUGGUCAGCUUAGCAUUAGAUUAUUGUUUUCAUAGUUGUAUAUUUAAUGACUUAGUGGAUAAGCGAACACAGAGCCAGACACCACAGCGCCGAGGUAGCUCUUCUUAAAGCCGAUUGAACGUGUCAGAGAGAUACACGAGAUGGGAUCUUUCAGCCUGAACCUCAACCGUCAGCUAGUUGUCCGACCCUGAAGUGGGCUCUCAUGUAAUCUUACAUGCACACACACACACAUACCAGAGUGACAGCUGGGUCAGACACUCACACUCUGCCUGUUCAGGUGUUUAUAGGUUAGACAUAGGAAAACCAGAUCUUAAAGUUCUGCUGUGUGUGUGUAUGUGUGAGUGUGUACUGCAGCGGACCCACCUGACCCUCAUCGUAUCAUUAGUGAACCCGUUCCGUGUUAAUCAUUGUUUCAUCACAGAUGCCUUUGUUGCAUGAAAUCCUCUCUCAAAAAAAAAAAAAAGAAUCUUGUUUGUUAUUGGUGGUGGUGAUAGUGUUGAUGAUGCUGUUGUACUUUUUAAUUUGUGUUUUUGAAAGCCAAAGGUUACUUUCAAAUGCCGUGCACAGAUAUUGAUUUUUACUUUAUAUGUUUUCUGUUUUAAUACCUUUUUUUGUUUUUAGGGAAAUGUGUUGGUUUACACCUGUAUCUGAAAAAAUAGAUUGCAUAUAUAAAUACAUAUAUCAUUCA